CAUUAUUAACAGAAUGGAAACAAAAGACCAGAGAAAAGUCACAUUUAAUCCCGAUGUAGAACAAGCCUAUCUUCUCGAUGGUAAAUGGAGUUUUCUGAGAUACCUUUUAACUCUAAACGAAGAGAUAAACCUGCAGAUCGUUUGUGACACUCUAGAAGACCGAGGCGUAUUAACUCCCUCGGAUAAAGACGACGUGCUGCAACAGGGAACAUAUAAAGACAGAAUAGACACGUGCAUACAACGGGUCCUUAAAUCAUGUCCCACCGGAUAUAACCAAUUCUGUGAAGUCCUAAAGGAUUGUGGGUACAAUCACGUGGUUGAAAACCUGAGAACAGAGAGAGAAGACGCGGACUCAAUCAGUAAAUAUACACUGAAUUCCGAAGAUUUCUAUGAAAAAACGGCAAAGGACAUUUCUAUGCCAUGGGAUGGUAGUUCGCCUCUAAAUACUUCCUACAGUGAACGAGAAGAAAAACUAGCAAUUGUUGGUGUGAAAAUGUCUUUGUCUACACUUUCUAAAGACACUAAAGCCUCCCAAAGAGAAUUCAAUACUAUCAUACAGAGACAGUCUGAACUAGAGAAGCAGCUGGCGGACGUGAUGAAAACUUUAGACAGUGCUAAAGACGCACUGAUACGUGAGAGGGAGGAGAAGGCGCAACUUCUGCAGCAGCUACGCUUCAAGGACGACGAACUUGUGGACAUGCAAAGAAAAUACAGAGACUUGCAAAACGCCAUGGGGAAAUUAAAAGAGACAAACAAUCGGUUUCAUGAAAGAGUCACCAAGUUACAAAUCGAAAACGAGCAGUUACGAAAGUCCGUGAAAGAUAAUUCAAACCUGCAGAUUGACUUGAAUGAAAAAAGUCAGCAGAUAAAUCAAUUGAAAAGAACGAUCGAGGAUCAAGAACUACAAAUAUCAAACCAGGAACACGUGAUCAACAAGAAACUAAGCAUGAUCGAGCAUUUGGCUUCUGGUCAUCAGAGGCUAGCCGAUGGACAAAUUAAAUUAGAAGACCUGUUGGUGAAACAGAACGAGGAGAUCAUGAAACUUGGUUCUGAGAAAGAGAGUGCACAUCAGCUGCUAGCACAGCAACAGAAACAGUUGAACACUCAGCAGGCGUCACUGGCUUUAUUACAGGAAAAUCUAGAGAGACUCGAAAUGACUGUGCUCACACAACAAGAGCAGCAGAACGUGCUGGCGAUACUACCACCAAGCGAUCAAAAUUAUCGAGGGAAAAAACAACCACCAACUACUAAACCAAUGUUGACCAGGCCAUUCAAUACAUCUGGAAAAGUAGAAAAUUCUAAAAACUCAUACUGGAAAAAUCCGAACGGAAACAAAAUGAAAUGAUUUUCAAGUCUCUGUUUUUUUUACUGACGCAUGUAUCCUUCACAUGCUUCAUGACAUCUAUGAAUAAUUUGUUCUUCCGUUCGUGAAAGAUCAUUUAUACGCUUAAGAGGAACUUGAGAAUUGAAGCAGUUUUCGUGUCAUCUGUUGGCACUUGCAAUGAAAACUUUUAAUUUAUUACUUCAUCCAUUUUUUGAUGAAGAAUGAACAAUAUUUUUGGAAACUAAAGGGAUGAUCAUUUAGUCGGUCAUCACUUAAUAUAGUUUAAGAGGAAACAACAUUGUUUAAUCGAUUAAAUUUUCAAAGUAAAUCAUUAAAGAGACCUGUC